AUGGAUUUGGAAACAGCACGUGCCAAUUAUCCAAACAGACUAGAGAGGUUAGAAGAAGAACGUCUUAUGGACAUGCCUUUCGAUGUUAGUGAACCUCAAGUUGAAGGACACGACGGCUUUGCCAGAUUCUACUGGAAACAUGACGAACAAUUGCAUCCUUUGAGAAGGAAAAAAGGUAGUGCAGAGGAUGGUCAUGCUCCCAUGGAAAGAACAAGAUAUGCAUAUGAAAAGUAUCGUGAAGUUAGAAGUCAAAUUACAUCUGGUCGAACCUUUACAGUAAACUUUGACGAAGGAAAGAACAAAGAAGGCUUCAUGGGAGUACUUGCUGCCAUACAAGACGGAAAUAAGAAAGGACACAAUCUCAGAUUGACCAUAACAGAUUUGGAUGGUCACAUUUACUAUGCACAUGGCAAUGAACAAACAGCCGCAAAACUUCUUGACGCUUUCAAGACUACAAAGAGAGAACAAAUGGUUGACUCCGACUCAGACAUUUUGAAUGCAAUUGAAGGAAUUGCAAGUGUCAAGUUCGAAUGGUACCAACCUAACCCUCAAGCA